AUGAUGGACAAGUUGUCCUCGCCGGGUACCGCAUCUCCCGAGAAUUCGAUGACAAGGACCACGGCCACUCCACAAACAACUCACACUCCUCCACUGGAACCUGGAGUUCCAAUGCAAUUUCAGAUGCCGUUCUUCGCCAAUCCUUUCAUGUCACCGUUCAUGCCUCAGCAAGGAGUUCCCGUUGACGGUAGCAUCGCACCUCCAGCAGGAGGAAACCCUGCGAUGCCGGCGUUUUUCUUCUCUCCUGCUCAGUACCAGGAGAUGAUGCAACAAUACUUUACUCAAAUGAUGACAGCUAAUCAAUACGGAAUGAAUAUGGCAUUCCCUAUGCCUUUUGGUACCACGUUAGUACGGCCAUGUAGCCAGUUAGUUGGCAUUGAGCUGUGUUAG